AUGACGGGGACCGAGGGAUUACUCUACGCCGACCACUUUUGGGGCGACAAACACCAUGGAUUCCAGGUGAAUCUUUGAACAAUUUGCUGCUAAACGGAACUGUGAUCGCCAGCAAACUAUGAACAACGUCUGUCGAAGCUCGCUGAGCUGGUAUUUUAAUAAAACAGUUGUCUGUUGGAAACGCUUCUUUCGCGAUUCGCGGGUUGUGCACGUCACAUUCCGCUGUUACGAAUGUUCCGCAGCCGUCGGAAAUUGCAAUGAAUAGACCGAAACCGAUAAAAGACUGAAAUAAACUAUCGGCAUGUUCCAGUUAUCAUUAUCACGCUGGCACGUGUUAUGUUUCUCUAAAUUGACCCCUCUCUUCGCUUUCUCGUCACACAACCAGAAACUGGUUAUAUUUCUCAAUCAAAAAAUCGAAGGAAUCCUUAUCGAUAAUAAACCACCUUCCCAUUUCAAUUAACCGCCUGUCCUCCUGUCACCAAAUGAACUUGAAGGUGCUGCAAGAGAAUCUGAAAAAGUCGGAGGACACUGUGGCAGAAGUUGCGCAGUUUGUGAAAGAGCGCCUAUCGGUUGAAGAUGAGUAUGUCAAAGCGAUCAAUCGAAGCGUAAACAAGGUAUUAGUCAGCCACUACGUUAGAAGAGGAUCUAAAAAUGAUCUAAAUCUUCCAGGUUACUCAUUUUGUCAACAACGGGUCAAGUAUCGAAGCGAUAUGGCUUCUCACAAAAGGAACGAUGGAAUUGAUAUCCGAAAUCCACUUGAUGCUUGUCAAAAACCUUCAAGAUCUCUCGAAAGAAGUGUUGAAAUACAAAGAAGACGUGAAUCGGACGCGGAAAGAGCUGAAACAGCCAACAGUCGCAGACGCGGUCAAUAUGAUGCAGACCACGACGACUUGUCUUCAGAAGGCCAAAGAAACAUAUCAGCACAGGUGCCAAGAGUUGGAGAAAGCAAAAAAAGAGACGAAUAUCAAUGUGAAGGAGAUUAGCAAGGUACUUGCGAAAAUACACUUUAAACAAAAUUGUGCUUUUUAGAUUGAAUUAAAAGUGGCUCGAGCACGAGACGAAUACAAGAACUAUGUGGAGAAAUACGAAGCCGUUCGCGAAGUGUUUGAGACAAAAAUGAGUGAAUCUUGCAAGAAAUUCCAAACCUUCGAUAGGUUAAAGAUUUCCAUGAAACUGCUCGUGAGUCGUCUGUGUUUCAGAUCCUUGUACGCUUCCGUCCAACAAUUUAUGCUUCAUUUCGCAAAUCACUCAACAGAAAUGUCAUCAGCAAGCAUGCAAGUCGCCGAGCAGUUUCGGGAAUCCAUUCAACAUCUGAAUGCCGACGAAUUCGUGCGAAAAUUCAUAAAAACCCGGUCCACGGGUACUGAAAAGCCACGUGAGUAUUCAGAAUUUCUAAUUUUGUCAUAAGUUCUAAAUAUGUCACUUUUUCCAGCACAUGUCCUUUUCGAAGAUUCUGAAAAUGGAAUGGCCACUUUAAAUCCGUCGUCGAUCAGAGAUUUGGUGGAUAUUAUGUCAGGUAGGAAUGAAUAUGUUACGCACAGCAACUAAUUCGCAUUAGGGAAACCGAAAGGAAAUUGACAUGCAUUAUCUGAGCUUAGGAUUAUAUGCUAUCUGCCAGCCAAAAUGUAUACACUUUAGGCUCAUUCGUGUCCUUUUCCCAACGCGGCUAGACAAAAUUUAUGUUUUCCGCUGACGGAGGUAUGUUUUUGCUGAAUUCUGCGAAAAACAUCAUAUUUCUUGCCCGAACAGCUUGAAAAAGUGAUGUCAGAAUAGAUUUUAGGUCAAAUGACGUGGCAAAAAGUCAAUUUCAUAUCAAUCUGUCCGCCUUCAUUCCCUUUUCUUCCGUUUUCCGCGCAAAUAUCAUUUAUCAUUUAGCAUGUUGGGUCUUCUUCUUAAUAAGCUGCUCUCCCAUAAUACAGGUCUGCUAAACUACAAACUACAACUUUUGGGCGCUGCUCUCAAGAAAUAUGGGCCUGCUUUGGGCAAAUUUCGGUUUACCAUUGAAUCAGUCAGUUGUUCUCAUUCUCUUUCUCCUGUUUCUCGCGCGCCUAUCACUUAUCUUUUGUUAUUCGCCGUUUGGUCUCUCUAACAGAAAAGUGGGCGUUGUCUCAAACGGUCUUCAAAAGAAAAAACGACCGCGAAUUGAUCUCGGAAGUUCUGAUAAUCGGUCUGACAAUCGGCCGAUUGAGUGCCCCCUCAGUUCGUUUGUCCCACAAAAACCCUUUCCCUUUCCUAAUCAUCACAAAAAAAAAUUUCAGGAAAUUCUAUGCCCUCGUCUUGCUCCUCUUCUGGAAUCCUUCAAGACUCAACCCAACCCCAACAACCCGUUGACCUUCUCAUGAUGGACCCAAUUGGAGAAGUUGCCGUGGAAACUUCAGGAGACUUGACUAAGUCUUCUGAUGAUCUCUCUUCUUCAAUCACUGAGAAGAAGCCAUCGACAGCGACCGGAACAAAGAAGUUAUCAAUGUUCAUACCGAAAAGCAAAAAAACGGUGUCCACCAGCAGUAUAGAUGAUGCUCCGGGUUCCGCAUCCGCCGAACCGUUCUCCGCUUCUGGGCUCUUCAAAUUUUCUAGGGAGAAGCGAAGAUCGAAGAAGGAUAGCGAGUCAUUGAGGACUUCCGUGUGCAUGGAUGAUACCCACAGCACUGCAAGCAGCUCAAAAAGUGACGAUAAAGUGCUCAAUGGAGCAAUCCACCCAUUAGAUACUCCAAUCGAGAAGCCAUCCGCGGAGCCAAUGGUGGACGAGGAAGGGUAUAUUAUCCGUGGAGACGUGCCAGAUUCAACCAAUGAGACAACUGCCUGGUCCAGUUGCUCCAGUGACGAGGAGGAUGAGGACGAGCUGCAACAGUCGAAGAUCCGGAAGCUGACAAUUCAGAAUCGUCCAGUUCAUAUGAAUGCAUCGGUGGACGAAUUGAGGGACGCCAUAGGAAGUAUCACACUGACCAGAAGCACCACCUUCGACAGAGAUCCCUGGACGAUCGGAGGAUCCAAAGCACCGCCCAUGUUCUCGCAGUCAAUGAACAUGGCGUCUCUGCGACAACCUCUCCGCUCCCAUCACACUGCCGACGGACAGUUCAGAACAAAUUUCAGCGAAUCGGAGGACCCACCUGCAUUCUCGGUGUCUAUGGGUCACAAUCAAGCUUUGGCGUCUGGAAUCGCAAGAGCUCGGCCACGGAGCAAUACCCCGACGACUAGCCAAUUGAUGAGCAGAAAGGAUUCAGCGAGCAGUUUCAUGGAUCCGUGGAGCAGCACAUUCAACUUGGCACCAAGCGAAUCCAACCACUCCCUUGGCGAAUCCACCUUCAACUUGUCCCAAUCCACCGGAAACCUGCUCCAAGCGACGAUCAGCGAGCAGCGUAUCCCAGUGGCCAUGGCAAUCAAUGAGCACGCACACGUUUGGUUCAAGAAGGGAGCUCAGGAGUUUGUGCAACGCACGUUCGGCACAGUUAUGAUCUCCUUCCCGACAUCUUCCAUCGCCCUGCUCACCUCUGUGCAGAAUGAGAUUGAGCCGCUCGCAUUCCGUCUCAGCAAUGCUCGUCACAUCAAGGCGGUGCUCCCGAACAAGCAGCUUAUUGAUGAGUCGCUGAGCCAGAAGGACGAGGAGAGCUACAGUUUCUACUUCAACAAGAGCCAACUCGCCACGUGGCUGCAGACACAAAAAGCCGCAAAGCCUGAGGCGGCGUUUGUGAACGCAGAAGUGGCCAGAUAUGAGAUGGAGCCGACGGCACCGUGCAACUCGGUUCCUCCGCUUAUUCUGACGGCUUAUUGGAAGUUCGAACCUAAUCAUACAGGUAUUUGAGCUUUUUCUGGCGAGAAAAGUGACAAGUGACAAUUUUCAGACCUCCGCGUAGAUUACCGCCUGAACGCUGACUCGCCGAUCACUUCGCCGCUAAUCAAUGUUAACUUCUCAACGACUUUGACGGGAAGUGUAGACACGUGCAUGUGUGAUCCAGAAGCCCAAUGGACACCAGGAAAUUCUGCUCUUGGGUGGAAUCUGUUAGAGAUUUCAAGAAAUGGAAUCACGUGGGGAUCUCUAAAAGCCCGUGUUUUCAUGAAAAACUCGGAUGUAAGCUACUGGAGUGUUAUAAAAUCUCGAACGAUUGAUGAUUUACAGGGAGAAGUCAGUUUGGAAAUGAUCGAUCGAAAGCCGGCGCAAGUUUUUGUGCAAUUCCAGGUAAAAUAUUUUUCACCAACAUCUUCCAUUAAUCGGUUUUUGUAGUGUCACGAAGCGAAUCUGUCUGGCGUCGACGUAUCACUCGUACAAUCGGACAUCUAUUACUUGUCAAUGAUCCGGAAGAAAGUUUUGGCUGGAAAAUACUUUUGCGACCCCGAACUUCGAAAAUAA